AUUCGUAUAAUUGAAUUUGUAUAAAUAUUUGAAGAAGCAGGACAAAUUAUUUUUUAUUUAUUGACUUAAUAACAUCAUAAUAAUGACAUGUCCGUUUGGUGUGUUUGUGGCUUUUCAGAGCUGGACCAGUGUCGCUCUAACCCCUGCAAGAACAACGGAGUCUGCACGGACGCGUACGGCAACUACACUUGUCAUUGCACAACACAAUAUGGCGGACGCACGUGCACAAUAAAUUGUGAGAACGAGGCUGUGGGCGUGGCUUAUGGUGUUCGGAAGAUCCCGGAUGCGCAGAUGUCGGGCUACUACGCGUUCGGCGGAAGUGACCACAAGGCGUACGAGGGCCCCCUCGAAAGUACCACUGGGUGGAUCGGCGAGAACGCGGCCUCGUGGCUGCUGAUUGAUUUUGGCAACGAGCGUAAGGUUCACGCUGUUGCCACGCAAGGCUACUCGGACACGUUCAAUCUGGUCACCUACAAACUCGCAUGCAGCGUCGACGGCAACUCGUUCAUUGACGCAGCAUCAACGAAUUUUACCGGAAGUGGAGCGAGCUUUAAGACGAUUACGAAGCAAGUUCUCCCGUCUCCAGUCAUCUGUCGCUACCUUCGCUUCCUUCCACUCACGUGGACGAAUUCACAUCCGGGUUUUCGCGUAGAGGUUUACGCAUGUGACGAAUACUAAGGAUCUUUGUCUUUAAAAAUGGGACUUACUUUUUCAGAAAAGUGACUACUUUCUUUAUAAAAUGAGCUGGAAAUCUGCUUAGAAAAUGCUCACACUAUGUGUUUAUGCUAACAAUUGGACUGUCUUCAAAAUAUUGCUGACGUUUACGUCAUAUAUUCAUAAGAUUUGCAUAACUAACCCUCAAGUAACAUAAGACACACGAAACUUGUAUGUACAUGUACAACUACAAAUAUAUGAAUACACCAA